AUGGUGGAAUUCAGUAUAACAGUUCCAGAGACGGCCAGUGUUGGCGUUGAUUUUUUCGAGAUCUACAUUCAUGACACUGAUGUUAUGGAUUUCGGCAAGCACUCCUGCAUUCUUUCUUCUGCAAAUGCCUACUUCGGAGUAGUCUACAAUCCAAAUAUUGAUGCUUGCGGUAUCAGAAAUGUAGCACUCUCAAAACACUCCAUUCAGGAAGAUUUUAAGGGUGAAGUUAUACUUCUCGAAAUCAAAGGAGGUCAUCUUUCUUCCAUUUCCAUCCUCUUUUCCCUCAUUUAA